AUGUCGCCCAACAUCUACCGGUCGCCUUAUCCAGAUCUUGACAUCAAAUCCGAGGAUUUGAUCUCAUAUAUCUUCUCCAACCCACUCAAUACCCCUCAUGACCGACCAAUCUUCAUCGAUGCACAAUCACAAAAACAAUACACCCAUGGAGACGUGAUCCAGCGCACCCGCUCCCUAGUCAACGGGCUCCAGAAGACUUUCGGUCUCCAAAAGGACAAUGUCGUAGCAUUGUUCAGUCCGAAUACCAUUGAUUACCCAGUUGCAUGUUAUGCGAUUGUGGGAUCUGGUGCUCUCCUCGCUCCAACCAGCGCUGCCUUGACGGCCCUGGAGCUCAACGCCCAGCUAAAGACAAGUGGGGCGCGGUUCGUGGUCGCGCACUCCUCCUUGAUUGAAACAGCUCGGAAAGCAGCAAAAGGAACAGCUGUUGAGACUGUCAUUCUAUUGGAUGGGUCAUCUCCCGUCGAUGGCCAAGAGACGUGCGAGCAUCUCGCUAGCACAUUCCCCCCAGGUACCCUCACCGCAGUGUCGCCUGUCGAUGCCGCUCGUAGACCCGCCUUUAUCUGCUUCUCGUCCGGCACGUCAGGACCGUCCAAGGGCGUCGUUUCGACUCAUCGCAAUAUCCUCGCCAAUCUCCAACAAUGGCGCGCUUUGCUGCUAGAAACUGGCUCUCCAUCACAGAGACCACAGCGACGCACUGCUGUUGCAUUCCUACCGUUCAGCCACAUCUACGGCCUUAAUCUGUACAUGUGCCAAUGCAUGGCAUGGGGUACUUCGGUCGUUAUUCUCCCCAAGUUCGAUCUCGACAAGUACCUGGACUGCAUUCAGAAGUACCAGCCCGACGAGCUUGCAUUGGUGCCUCCUAUCGCCUUGAUGCUAGUCAAGGAUGAGCGAGUCUCCAAGUACAAUCUCAGCAGCGUGAAGCGAAUCAUGUCCGCAGCGGCCCCCCUCACCAGUGAACUUUCCGCUGCCCUGGAAGCCAAAUUCCGCACCCUUUUCCAGACGGAGGUGUUUUGCACCCAGUCCUGGGGUCUGACGGAGACCUCUCCCAUGGCGACUGGCAUUCCAAACGACCGACUGGAUAAACGGGAAUCCGGAGUCGGAACUAUUCCUUCCAACAUGGAAUUCCGAUUCGUGGAUCCUGAGACCAUGAAAGAUGUUGCCGUUAACCCCAACGGAUCGACAUCGCCAGGAGAGAUCUGGUGUCGUGGACCAAAUGUCACGUCAGGUUAUUACAACAAUGAGGAAGCAACAAAGGGCGCCUUCUACGUUGAACCAGACGGGACGAAAUGGUUCCGUACCGGCGACAUUGGAGCUAUUGACCAGGAAGGUUACAUUACUAUCCACGAUCGCAUCAAGGAGAUGAUCAAGUACAAGGGUCUUCAGGUCAUUCCCAGUGAACUAGAAGGAAAGCUGGUCGAACAUCCCGAUAUCGAGGACGCGGGUGUGGUUGGCAUGUGGGCUGAUGAGAAGGCCACUGAGCUUCCGGUUGCUUUUGUAGUCCUACGCCAGGAGACCAAGUCCAAAGAUGCGAAGGCCACCAUCGAAGGUAUUCACUCAUGGUUGAACCCAAAGAUCGCGAACCACAAGCGGCUUCGUGGGGGUAUCUUUAUCGUUGAUCAAAUCCCGAAAAGUCCCAGUGGCAAGAUUCUGCGGCGACAGCUUAAGGAUUUGCUCAAAAGCAAAGCGCCAAAGGCUCAGUUGUAA